AUGUCGCGAGAAGAGAGAUCUAUGCAUUUGCUGAGAAAAUUCGUUAUCGACUGCUUUUGUAUAUGUACACUGAUUGCGCUGGUAAUUGUUACGAGAGAUGUAUGGCAAGGAUUUCAACGUGGAUUUUUCUGCGGUGAUGAAAGCCUUAUGUACCCCUACAAAUCUGACACGGUUUCAACGGAUAUGCUGAGGCUGUAUGGGAUAGGCCUACCUGCUAUAAUGAUUCUAUUUUGCGAAUGGAUGUUACUUCGAAAAGAAGAUGAUGAGCCAUGCUUCAAGUUUCCUCUGCCUUUAUGGAUGAGAGGAUUCUAUUGCGUGUUUGCCUGCUUCUCGUAUGGUAUGUGUUUUGUUGAACUGACAACAAAUGUUGCGAAGAACGUCAUCGGAAGACCACGGCCUCAUUUCUUUGAUCUUUGCCGUCCAAAUGUAAAUUGCAGCUUGUCACAGUGGCAACAUCGUUACAUAGAGAGUCAUGAGUUCGAAUGCACUGGCAAUAAUUACACUGAUAAGUUCAAUGACAUGCACAUGUCCUUCCUAAGUGGUCACUCCUCAUGGUCAGCGUAUACUAUGAUAUAUUUAGCUCUCUACCUGGAAAAACGCAUGGUCUGGGGCAGCACUAGGAUCUUCCGCCACGUACUCCAAUUCACAGCUGUCAUGUUAAGCUGGUACACGGCCCUGUCACGUGUUACCGACUACAAACACCACUGGAGUGAUGUUCUCGCUGGGUACUUCACCGGUCUCACUUUUUCUGUUCUCGUUUGGACCUGGGGUACAGACCUCUUGCAGCCGAAAAGUAAGCAUCAACUAGUUUCACAGCACGAGGUCUGUUCACACCAACAAAAAGCGGAAUCAGCAUAA